UACCAAUAAGUGCUACUCCAUAUAUCCAUCGACCUCUGUCACAUAAAACAUAUUCUAAGAAAUAAAUGUUAUAUCACGUUUACCUAUUUCUAUGUUCAUUCACACUUAGUAACUGAAAGGUGGCUUUUAAUAAUUAAAUGAACGAAUAUCUUUAAUUUGGAAAAUGUUAACAUGUAUGUAUUGGUUGACCACCAUGACGUUUAUUUCCAUGGCGACCAACAGACACAACCAAUUGCAAUCUAGAUUCAUCACAGGAGUUGCAGCUACAUUCAAUUAUAUGAGUUUAGUGCAAUGUAGACAAUGUGAACAACUCAGCCAUUACAUGAAGAGGUUCCAAGACGGCACAACAAAGUGUGUACCAUGUACAAAAUGCCCAAGAGGACAAUGUAUUGCAAGUCAUUGCGUUGGAUUCAAAGACAAUGUGUGUAGGCAACCUGAUCAAAAUGAAUAUAUACAUGGACACGAUUGUACGCUCUGCAGUGAAUGUGGUACCAAGCGAACGACAGUGCGUAACUGUUCUAAGCAUUUUGACACGCAAUGUGGCGAUUGCGUUCCUGGUUUCAAAUGGGACUCUCUUCUUUUUGAUUGCGUCGAUGCGCCAU